AUGAUCACGAUAACGACAUUUCUAGUAACCGCUUUAGCGACCAUACUAUUUUAUUUUUCAUAUCGAUAUGCAUUUAAACGACCUGAAAAAUGUGCUCCUGGUCCUCCGCGGAUACCUAUUUUUGGAAGUUAUCUAUUUUUGAUGUUGGCUGGAGGAAAGUGGCUUCACAAGGGAGCACUUUUAUUAAGCAAAAUCUAUAAAUCUGAUGUUAUUAGUUUAUAUAUUGGAGAUGCCCUAACUUAUGUUGUUCAUAGCCCUGAAGGAGUUAAGGAAAUUCUUAACAAUAGUGCAUAUGAUGGACGCGUGGACAUAUUUCUUGCUCGUAUGAGGGACCCAAAUCACAAUAAGAAAGGUAUUUUCUUCCAAGAUGGACCAAUCUGGAAAGAACAACGUCGCUUUAUACUUCGCUUUCUGCGUGACUUUGGAUUUGGUCGACGCUUUCAAGAUCUAGAACUAGUUAUUAAUGAAGAAAUUAAAGAUCUCAUAGAUUUAAUCAAAAAUGGUCCUAAGUUUGACCAUGAACAAGCUAUUGCAAAAAAUGGAAAAAUUUUGUUCCCUUUGGUAUUUGCUCCUUGCACAGCAAAUUGCAUAUUAUAUGUGAUGUUUAAUGAAUCUGUUCCACGUGCAGAGCAAAAAAGUCUGAUUGACCUGGGAAAGAAUGGAUUACAAUUUCAAAGAAAUAGUGAUGAUUACGGCAAAAUGCUUAGCAUUAUACCAUGGAUUCGGCAUAUUUUCCCAGAAAUGAGUUCAUAUCGUCCAAUUUAUGAGUCGAAUAAAUUUGUCUACGAAUUCUUUGAAAGAUGGAUUCAAAAAUAUAUGAAAACAUACGAAGAAGGCUCAGAAAGAAAUUUUGUGGACUUGUAUGUUCAACAAAUGCGUAAAGAACAAGUGGAAGGAAAUCUUCAAACAUCUUAUUUAUACGAUCAGUUUGUUCUUAGCUUAAUUGAUUUUUCAUUUCCCGCCUUCACUGCGAUCGGUGUCCAAAUGUCUCUUAUUAUCCAAUGGAUGCUAUUGAGGCCUGAUGUUUUGAAAAAAGUUCAAACUGAAAUUGACGAAUAUGUUGGAUCUGGAAGACUACCUUGCCUAGAUGAUCGAAAAAAUCUUCACUAUACUGAAGCUACUAUACGAGAAGGAUUACGAAUGGAAACGUUAGUGCCUUCCGAUAUUCCUCAUGUUGCAAUGGAAGAUACCGAAUUUUUCGGAUAUGAGAUUAAAAAGGGAACUAUUAUGAUACCAAGCCUUUAUGCAUAUCAUUCGGACAAGAGAGUGUGGAACGAUCCAGAAAACUUUAGACCAGAACGAUUUUUAGACGAAAAUGGGAAAUUAUGUUUAAAAUCGGAUGUCUCAUUGCCAUUUGGUGCAGGAAAGAGACUUUGUGCUGGUGAAACUUUUGCUAGAAAUAUGCUAUUCUUGUUAUUUGCUUCACUCUGUCAGAACUUCAAUAUAAAACUAUCUCCUGGUGAAUCACCCCCAGAUAUGUCCAAAAACAACAAUGGAUUAAUUAUUACGCCACCCGAUUUUUGGCUAACCAUGGAGGCUAGAUAA